AUGAAGCGACAGGCUGUAAGAAUAGCCAAGAGAGUUCACCCGUCGCGACGGACAGGUCGACAAGCAUCAUGCAUCGAUUUCAAACCCUUUUCAUCGACCUCGACUGCUUCAUCAUCUUAUCCCAAUGGAGCAGAUUCCGAUGCAUUAUCAUGGAAUGAGGUGACGAAACAGUUUCUGAACGAUACUUCGUCGACAUCUUCCAGCGAUUUAUUUCGUCAAGCCCAAGCUGUAGUCGAUCUACUGGUACCUGAAAUGGAUGAGGACGAAUAUGACGAGGCACAGCGAAAUCAGCGUGUCUCCCGAAAAGCAGCAUUGCAUAGAAUACAAGCUGAAAGCGAGCAGGAUAUUUCUCUUGCAUUUGAGUUUCUAGACAGACUGCUUGAAAUCGAAGAAGAGGAGAUGCAAAAUGGUGGACGCGAAUCAAUAUCGAGUUAUGACGAUUCCAAGAGCAAAUGCCUGAAUGCUGUCUUGCAAAUGUGGCGAGAGUAUCAAAUAAAACCACGAAUGGAGACGCUGUCGCCUGAUGAUGUACUGCAAAAACUAGACCGCUAUCGAGCUACAUCAUCGCUAUUGGUUCCUGAUGCACACAGCUACAAUAUACUUUUGGGUGGCGCUGCCAACCGUGGUGAUGUUGAGUUUUGCGAGAGUCUCUAUCAUUGGAUGUGGGAGGAGAGCAAAACGGACUCGCUGCUCCGUCCGGAUAUUGCCACACUGCGAACCAUAUUCAAAGUAUAUAUUCAAACAAGUCUUCAAACAGGACAGACGAUAGAAAGUAUGGGAGCACCAGAGGCGUGCGAAGCUCUUGUGGACGACUGGAAGAAACGGAGUCAGUCGUCUUCGAUCAGAGGAGUAUACGACGCUCUGAUCCAUGUUUGGGCUCAUUUUGAUCCAAUUCAAUCCGAAAUUUACUUGAAAUCACUUGCCCGUCAACGAGUGGAAAAGCAAGGACCUGGACCCGAUACUGUUUCUUGGAACCGAGUCAUUUCCGCGUAUUCGAUUCUUCACGACCAGCCAUCGAAAGCUGCAGAGUUACUAGAGGAGUUUUGGCACUACACACAACUACUGGAAGAGAUUGGAUCCAUGGAAGGGGUCUCAGACGCCAGGCCGGAUCUUGUUUCCUACAAUAGCGUCUUGGAAGGCUGGGCCCGCAUACGCAACACCGACGAAACAGACAAAGUCUUUCGAAGAUUACAAAUGUCUACCUCGACUUCUCCCAACAUUGUUUCAUACACCUCAAUGAUCAAGGCCAACGGCUCAAACUGGGAACGGGUGCAAGAGUUGGCAGAAGAGUGCAUUCAAGCGUUUCGAGAACAAGCUUCAAAACAAGGUGAUGGCGACGAUAGCAAAGGGAAUCUCGAGUUGGACCAACCUUUCUUUCACGCUUGGUUGCAAUCUGCAUUGGAAUGUGGAGAGGGAAAACAGACGGUACAAAAUGUAUUGGCCAUCAUUGAUGUAAUGAAAUCGCUGGGGCUGCAGCCCGAUACAAAAUGUUUCCUGAUUCUUUUGGAAGGCUUCUUGAAACACGACGACGAUAUUGAAGGGGCAACACGGUGGUUCAUUGAAAACGCGAAGACGACUAUGGAUGAGGAUUCCAUUGUCUCUUGGGUCACCCAGAUCCUCGUGUUGGUAGAUGACAUUUCCAUUGUACCUCCGUUGCUACAGUUUCGAGGGAGAAAAUCUGUUUCACUGCUUCAGACCAUAUGUCAAGACGAACUCUUGACUGAGACGAAAAACAUGGAGCGCCUGUUGUCCAAGUUGAGUGCGCAACAAGGCAUGGCGAUGCUUGGCUGGAUGAAAGGCAAGCCUUCGUGCAAAGCAUACGCCAUCGUUUUGCGGAAUGUUGCAAGCAACGGCAAGCUUAGUGACGCUGAAUCAAUCUUCUCCCAAUGGAAGCAGAACUAUUCCCUCGACUCCGUAGCACUUGAGGAUGGGGCUCUUGUAGCAGAGAUGUUGACGAGCCUAAUCAUUGCGUCGUCAAAAGGAGGAAAUCUGCUGCGAUGUAAAGAUUGGAUUGAAGUGUGGCGUGAUCAGGAUGGGAAACUUCCGAAGCCCGACCAGCGAGUGCAGACAGCAGUAUUGUCUACAUAUGCUAAAGUCAUGGAUGCUACUGGCGCGCAACAGUAUUUGCGGCAACUUCAACAGGAUGGCUUGGAACCAGAUGUGGUCAUGUACAACAUUGUGCUUCGCGCCUUGGCAAAAUCAUCAUCUGCAGGCCACGCUCACGAAUUCUUCGAGCAGGCAAUGGCAGACAAGGAUAUCAUCUCCUACAAUACUAUCAUUCAUGCACACUCAAAAGAAGGAAAUCUUGAAGAGGCAAAACGUCUCAUUGAAAAAAUGGUUGCUCAAUAUUCAAAGGAUCGAGAAGAACACUGGAGUGUUAGACCUGAUUUGGCAACCUUUCGCCCACUUCUACUUGGAACAGCUCGAUUCAAAGGGCGAGAUUCUGGCGGGAACGUAGAAGAACUAUUGCUCUGGAUGGAGCGUUUGCACGAAGAGGGUGUACUCGUGGAGCCUCCAGAUGCUCGCUGUUAUGAAAUCGCUUUGAAUGCUUGGUCCAGAUCUGGUACAACUGAGGCAGCCGAACGAGCCGAAGAUCUCAUGCGAAGUAUGAUGCCAUUGUCAAGUCCAUCUGCUUACGCCAUGGUAAUGAAAGCAUACAAAAGGAACCCUGGUCGCAAACAAGCGCUAUUUGACGAAAUGUAUGGUGCCUAUCGUCAGGGCAACAACAAUCUGAAACCCACCAGCGAGCAUUUUCGUCUAGUUCUUGAAGAACUAGCCAACACUUCCCCAGAACAAGCAGAAUCCUUUUUGCGUCGAAUGGGCCACCUAUAUGAGGAGGAAGGUUUGUCCUCCGCCAAACCUACCCGACAAGCCUACAAUACGGUUCUGAAAUCAUGGGCUCGAAUGUCGACCAAUUCCAAGUCAACCUCUUGGAAAUGUGCGGAAGGACUCCUGAGAGAUCUCCAGUCCCUUUAUCUGCAGGAUGGGGACCCCAAGUUGCAGCCAUCCAUGGAAUCCUACAAACCGGUUCUGAUUCUCCUUUCAAAGGAAAAGCAAGUCGCCCGACUAGAAUCACUCUUUGACGAGCUAUUUGGAGCCUACUGCGCAACGGCUUCCGGUCCGUCUGCAACCACUGCCAGUCUUGAACCUGAUUCCACCUGUGUGCAUUCUCUUUUGUUGGCGUACCGAUCCACCAAGAAUGCCCAAAAAACCCGAGACUUUUUGAAGCAAUUGGAGGAGUGGAAGGACUCCAACAUUUUGAAUUUGGAUCUUUCAAUCUCCACCUACAACAUUGCAUUAUCGUGCCUGGCGUCGUCGACAUCCUCCAAGAAGCAGACAGAAUUGCGAAACGUAGCGCAAGAAUGCGAAACAUUUUUGCUCCAGCACAUGCCCAGUCGAGGAAUCAAUCCCGAUUUAAUUUCCUUUCAAGCCGUGCUGAAUGCGUGGGCCCGAUCACGAUCCUCCGAAGCGCCGUCGAAGAUUGAAUCCUUGAUCCAAGACAAUAUGAUCCCAUCCUCGAUUGCUCCGGAUCACUUGACCUUUUCCAUUUGGUUACGGGCCAUUGUCAAGAGCGGUUCCGGUAGAGAUCGGCGCAACGAGGCCGAGGCUGUGAUUCGACAAAUGAAGGAAAAUGGAUUCACACCAUCCGAACGCGACAUGAAGCUACUUUCGGUCGUACUAGCGAAAGAUUAA